AUGCCGUUCCUCAAAGGCAUCCUCGGCUUAGCUCUCCUUUCAGCAACACUCGCAGCCAAAGAUGACCUCAUCCACGUAAACCCCCUCAUCGGCUCCACAAAUGGUGGUAACGUCUUUGCUGGUGCAAGUCUCCCAUACGGCCUCGCGAAGCCCGUGGCCGAUGUCGACGGGCAGAAUACAGGCGGAUUCUCAACGGACGGAAGCAAUGUCACCGGCUUCUCUCACAUGCAUGAUAGUGGAACAGGCGGGAAUCCUUCAAUGGGUCAAUUUCCUCUAUUCCCACAGAUCUGUGACGGUAACGCCGUAGAUAAUUGCAAAUUUCCGAAGACUGCGCGUGCGACACCGUACAAGGUGAGCUCAGUGAAUGCGAAGCCGGGGUAUUUUGCGCUCGAGUUGCAAAGUGGUGUGAAGGCGGAGAUGACUUCUUCGCGACGUGCGGCGCUUUAUCGGUUUACGUUCCCCGAGCAAAAGACUGCUGAGGGGAAAUUGUUGAAUCCGUUGAUUUCGUUGGAUUUGACGGAUCUUUGGGAUGGUCGGCAGAAUGCGACUGUUAGUGUUGACUCGGAAGCUGGAAGGAUCCAGGGGAAUGGAACCUUUUUGCCAAGCUUUGGAGCUGGGUAUUAUCAGGCUUUCUUCUGCGCUGACUUUGUCGGCGCGAAGGUGCAGGAUAGUGGGAUCUGGGUGAAUGAUCGAGCGGGCUCGGACCCGAAGGAGCUAUUUGUUACUCGGGGAUUCAACAAUUUCUAUCUUCAGGCUGGAGGAUAUAUGAGCUUUGAGAGACCCGCUGACGGGGUUGUCACGGCGCGAGUAGGUGUCAGCUAUCUAAGCACUGAUCAGGCUUGCUCGAACGCCGAGAACGAGAUCCCAGAUCCGCUCAAUGACUUUACAAAACUACGACAACACGCUGAGAAUGCGUGGCGCGAGAAGCUCGAACCGAUCAAGGUUACUUCAGGCGGCACGAGCGACGAUAUGCUCGCUGCCUUCUGGAGUGGCAUUUACAGAACAAUGCUCUCGCCUCAGGACAUGACUGGAGAGAACCCUCUUUGGCAGAGUGACGAGCCGUAUUUUGACUCCUUCUACUGCCUGUGGGACGCCUUUCGAGCGCAGCACCCGCUCUUGACCAUCUUAGAUCCUCAGGCCCAGUCCCGCAUGGUCCGCAGCCUGCUCGAUACCUUCAAGCAUGAGGGAUGGCUGCCCGAUUGCCGCAUGUCCCUUUGCAAAGGAUGGACACAAGGUGGUUCCAAUGCCGAUGUGGUCAUUGCAGAUGCAUAUGUCAAAAAUUUGACCGGUAUUGACUGGGAGCUUGCCUACACUGCCAUGGUCAAUGACGCCGAGAAUGAACCUUUGGAAUGGUCAUAUGAAGGACGCGGGGGUCUUCAGAGCUGGAAACGACUGAACUACAUUCCAUACCUCGACUUUGACUACCUCGGGUUUGGAACAAAUUCUCGCAGUAUCUCACGAACAUUGGAGUAUGCCUAUAACGACUACGUUCUCUCGAUUGUGGCCGAGGGUCUUAACCAGGACGAUUACACAAAAUACCUGUCUCGCGCCAGCAAUUGGCAAAAUCUUUUUAAGCCUGAUCAGACAUCAUUCUUGGAAAAUGGAACUGACACUGGCUUCAAGGGAUUCUUCCAACCCAAGUACCUUAAUGGCACCUGGGGCUUCCAAGAUCCCAUUGCUUGCAGUGCUUUGGCCACAUUCUGCUCUCUGACUUCGAACCCGUCUGAGACAUUCGAGUCCAGCAUUUGGGAGUAUCUCUUGUAUGGAUCACCCCUGCUAUCAGCUUCAAAUUCACACUUUAUAUUUUAUAGCUAUGUUCCUCAUGAUAUUGCCCGAUUGAUCAAGUUCGUUGGUGGCCCCGAGCAAUUUGUGGCUCGCCUCGAUUACUUCCACGAGUCAGGUCUGGCCGAUAUCGGCAACGAGCCCGUCUUUCUUACUGUCUACGAGUACCACUAUGCCGGUCGUCCAGCACUCUCCGCCCGUCGGGCCCACAGCUACAUCCCCACAUCCUUCAAUGGAACUCACAGCGGCCUGCCUGGAAAUGACGAUUCCGGCGCCAUGGGCUCCUUCUUGGCCUGGAGCAUGAUGGGCUUGUUCCCAAACCCAGGACAAAACGUAUACCUCAUCACUCCCCCGUUCUUCGAAGCGGUUGAAAUCACUCACCCAGAAACCAAGCAGACAGCUACCAUCCGCAACGUCAACUUCGAUAAGACAUACCAGAACAUAUAUGUUCAAAGUGCUAAGCUCAAUGGCAAGCCAUAUACAAAGAGCUGGAUCGGACAUGAAUUUUUCACGGAAGACAUGACGCUCGAGCUGACGCUGGGUGACAAAGAGAGUAACUGGGGUACAAGCAAGGAGGACUUGCCUCCGAGUUUGAGCGACAGCAUCGCACAGGAUGAGAUGCAGAGUGCAUAG